GAUAAAAAAAUGAUAACUCAAAAGUGAAAGAAACAAGUAUUGAAAUUAAAACUCCACAGGAUGAGAAAUUUGGAACGGAAAAUUUGAAAAACAAGGAACUUGAUAAAGUUCAUUCAAAAAUUGAUAAAUUCGGGAAUAUCAAAGUAGAUGAUAACAAGUUUAAACAUGAUUUUAAUACGAAAAAGAAGAAUAGUGAAGAUACUUUAGAGAAAUAUGAAUGGAAGGAAUUGAUAAAUCGAAUUGAUGAAUUGAUAAGAGAUAUUGAAAUCUAUAAUGCAAAAAAAUACAAUUUAGAUAAUAUAAGAGAUAAAAAGAUUAGUAUACGAAAUAGAAAUGAAGGGAAAUAUGAUAUUUCAAAUAUAAAAGAUAUGAAUAUUGAAACUAAAAUUCCAAAGAAACAGAAAAUUCCUAUAAAAAAUUUGGAAGAGUACGAAAUCAUUAAUCCAAAAAUUGUUAAACUCGGUGAUAUUAAGGUAGAUGAUAACAAAUUUCAAGUAGGAAAAUGGACGGAUUAUAUCGUAGAUAAUUUAAAAUUUAAAGAAAGUAAUAAUAAAGAAACUUUAGAAGAAAAUAAAUGGAAAAGAUUUAAUGAAUUAAAAAAGAAUACUGAAAUCGACAAUGGAAAGAAAAACAAAUCAGAUGAUAUAAAAGAUGAGAAAAUUAAUACAAUAAAUAAAGAUAUAGAGAGAUAUGAUAACUCAAAAGUAAAAGAAACAGAUAUUGAAGCCAAAACUUCACAUGAAAAGAAACUUGAUAUUAGAAAAGAAUAUGUGAAAGAAAAUAAAUUAAAAACUGACGAUGUAUUCAGACCUAAAUUAAAAAAUGUAGUGAAAAAAGAGUCUAAAAUGAAAGAUAAUAACGGAAAGGAAUAUAUAUCAAAUACCGAUAACGAAAAAUUGGAAGAUGAAAAUACUUCAGAAAAGGAAUUUCAAUUACAGAAGCUGAAUAAAGAAGAUAAAUUGAAGUCAAAAGAUUUGAAGGAGGAAAAAAAUGAUCGGAAAAUUUCUGUGGAGGAAGAUUUGGAGACUAAGAAUUCAAAAAUAGAGGACACAAAGAAAGACAAAUUUAGCUUGCAGAGUAAGAUUGGUAAAGUAAUUCAGGAGAAUGACAAAUUUAAAGCAGAGGAUUUGAAAGUAAAGGAAAUUGGAUUAAAAAAUUCAAGAGAAAAAUAUAUUCUGAAAGAUAAAAAAGAAUCUGGGUCAGUGAAUCUGAAAAAUGGUAAAAAUCAGCUGUUAGUUAUUGAAAAAUUCAAGCCACACCUUGGUAAUAAUGUGUUAUGGACUUCUAAGGAAAAUGAUAAAAAUCCUGAGCAAUCUGUUGUGAAUGAUUCAAAGAAAAAAGAUAUAAUUCGAUAUAAUGAUAAAAUAUCGUUAAAAGUAAGAAAUGAGUCGAGUGAGAAGGAUAAAAAAAUCGAUGAUAAAAAUGAGAAAGCAAAAAAAUUUGGAAUUAAUGAAAAUUUUGAUUCAACUAUUAAGAUUAGAAACGAUAAAAAUUUAAAAGAAGAUUUCAGAAACAAAGAUACUACAUAUAAGAAAGAAGAUUUGUACGUAACUCGUGAUAAUGCGCUUGAAAAUUCAAAUAAGAGAAACAAAUCAGGAAAACAGGAUUAUGAAGUGAUAUCUUACAAGGAGCCUUUGAACGAAGAACAUAAAAUAUUCGAAAAUAAAAGUAGAAAUAAUAAUGAGAAGCUUAUUUCGAACGAAGAAGUAAUAUACAAAGAUGGAAAUAAUAAAAUAUCUCAAUAUGAAAACAAGUUAAAAGAAGAUCUUAUUGAGAAAAAUGAUGAAAAUAAAAUAAAGCAAACAGAGCCAUCAUUUGUUAAAGAAAAAACAAACGAGACAGAUAAUAUCCACAAAAAGGGAAAUGAAAAAUUUGAUAAAGAAAUUAAAAGUUCAAAAGUAGAAAAUGAUUCGUUAAAAAACGAUGAUAAAAAAAAUCUAAAAUUGGAACGAACAUUCGAUAAAAAUACAUUGACGACAGAAGAAAAUAAUGUAUUAAUGAGGGGAAAGGAAUUACAAACAGUUCCUAUAUUAUCAGAAAAAACAAAAAUUGCAAAAAAAAAGGAAAUAUUUGGAAAUGCUGAAACGAAUAAAAAAGAUAGUGUAUUAUCAGAGAAAACAAAAUUGGAAGAUAAGAAACCACUUAACGAUUUUGAAAUUCAUAAAGAUAAAAAUAAAGAAUUGAAAAGUAAUGACAUAGAUAUCGCACGUGCAACAGAAUUUAAUAAAUUAUCGAAAUAUAAGAAUAAUGACACGAUAAAAACAGCAAAUAUUGAAAGCAAUCGAGUUUCGAAUGAUAUCGUUAUUAAUCCAAGACAAACAGAUUCUGCGGAUAAAAUUAAUAAGAAAUUAGGAAAAAAUGGAAAGAAAUGGAAUAAAAUUCAAUUUCAAAAUUUAAAUCGAACAAUAGACUCGUUAGAUAUUAUCGCAGGAACAGGAAAUCUUACGAAUUCCAAAGGAAACGAGGAAUUGUCUACAGUAGCACACGUAGCGAAACUAAAUGAAAACAAAGCGCUUCACUCAAGCGAGGAUGACACGUCUGAAGUGGAAACCAGCACGGGCAUCAAGAGUAAUUCUGACACGAGUGCAAUUGUAAAUAGAACUGCUGAUAAAGGCCAAAUCGAAAUUCGUGGCUCAAGUGUGAAUUUGAGCGAGUUAAGUGAUAUAGAUGUUCAUCCAUCUGAGCACUCUGAUACGCUUGGCAAGAAAGAUAAUCCUUCUCUUGUAUCUCGUACAGUAUCUGUGGACGACAAUGAAAUUGGUGGAAAUAAGAUUCCAAAAUAUGAAGGUACAAAUGUAGAUGCUCGAAAAGAAUCUAAUGAAAGUAAGAAAGAAACAGAAAGUAUGAAAAAAGAAUCGGAAAAUGUAUUGCUUUUAAAUGAUUCUAAGAAAAAUGGAGAAGAAUCUAAGAAAGAAAAGAAAAUUGGGAUUCAAUCAGUGAAAGAAUCUCCUUUAAAGGUGCAAGAAACUGCGAGCAAUUUAAGCAAAGAAAAUGAUUUUGAAAAAGUACGUGAUACUGAUACUAUUAACAAAUUUGAUGCUAAACCUACGGAUUCCACCAUAGAUAUUCAAACUGAUACGAAAGAGCUUAAAGAAACGCUUAAAAAAGCAGAUGACAAGCUUUAUACAUCACGAAAAGAAGAAGCAAAUUCAGAAAAUACAAGAGAAAAGUACUAUACGAAACCGAGAAUACACGACCCAUCGGAAUUAAAUUCAAAUAUUGAUAGUUUACCUAAAAUAUUAAUUGGAAACAGAAGGAAGGAGCCAGAUCUGGUGGAGAAACUUAUGUCAAAUGAUGAUGUAAACUCGAAACAAAUAACCGUUUCAUCCUCUACUCAGGGAUCCAAGUUCCCUGGUAAUAAUGGUACCUUGGAGAAACGUAAUAUAUCAUCAAAUGCAAUUAAUCAACCAGCCGAAGAAGAAUUGGAGAAAGAGAAAAUAACGUGGCGCAACGCGGCUGUAGAUCAUCCGCCCAAAGAAAAUGAUUCUAAAAUGAUUAAUUCGUCAUUUACCAACAUAGAUAAAAAUAAAAUAAGGGAAGCGAAGAAGGGAGGAACGAUUUCCGUGAUAACCGAUGAAAAAUCGAGAACUGAUGAUAAAAGAACAAAAUUUCCGAAUGUCGUUGACUUAAUAAAGAAAAAUUCCGAAGAGGUAGAGAAUUAUAAUGACGAUCGAUCGAUUAAUAAGGUUGAGAAAUAUGGAACAAACGACUCGAGAAAUCGGUUCGAAGAAUCAAAGAUCGAAUCACCCUCUUUAAGAGAUCUUAAGCAGGGACGAGUUACGACGAGGAAGGAUAAAUUAAACGACUCGAAAAACGUGGAAAAAAGCGAAGAAAAAGGUGUUUGGGCCGAAAGUGAAUCGAUUACGGGGGAUUUGAAUAAGAAGGAGGUGUUCAAAGAGGGAUCUAACGGAGGGAUCCAGGUGACUGAGAGUAAUGAUGUCACUGGAGAAAGUGAAGAUUCAUCAUCCGCGCUGAAAGAUGAAGUUUCAUUGUCCGAUUUAAGCGUGGAAAGUUUCGGGAAGAAUGAUAAAUUGGAAAAGAAACAGCGAGGAACGUUGGAUCUUUCGAUCAAGGGCGAGGGAAAAUCGGAAGAUGGAGAUGAAAUUAUCGGAAACGGUGUGAGGGGGAGUAACAAGUACAAGACGCCAUCUACAACGCGGCAAUUAAUCGAAGAUAAUGAACUCGAGCAGUUUCUCCCAACGAGUAUUCAAACUGCUUUGAAUACCAAAACAACCACCCAAGUUUACCCUUCAGACGUGGAUGAAAAUCCAAUUACAUCUCGUUUACCUGAAGAUGUAACGGCACAUGCUUUUAAUUGGACCGAUAACGAACAAUAUAAAGAGUUACCGAAUAAGGUAAUUGCUUGGAUACCCGAGAAAACACAAGACAAUGCUCAAAUUUAUGACAGCAGUGUAUCGCGUUCACCUAAAUUAGAAACUGGGAAUAAAUUAUUUAAAUUGGAAAAACGGACGGAUGAGAAGAUUGAAAACGCAAAGGAAAAUGAUGAGAAAGGAGAAAAAGUCGAUGUAAGUAAUGUGACGAAAUUGAAAAAUGUGGAAGAAGAAAAGGUGAAAUCUAAGAAUAUUCUUAACGAAUAUAAUGAUAAGAAUAAUAACAACGUAUACGUUAAUAAAAUUGGACCAUUUAACGAAAGCAAGAUUGGCAGUGAAAAUAAUAGACAAGAGGAAAAGAAUUCUUUGAACGAAAAAGAUAAAUUAAAGGUUCAAGAGAAAAAUGAAAAUAUAGAGAUAAAUAAUAAGGAUUUAACUAAUAAUUAUGAUAAAAAUCUUAAAUCUAAAAUACUGACAGAUGUAAAUGUUGUAAAAGAUCGGGAUAAUCUGUUGAAAAAUGCCAAAUUAAUCGAACAUAAAGAUAUACCUGAGAAGGAAGAGAAAAAUUCUGUAUUAAAACUUUUAUUAAAUAAAGAAAAAAUAAAAGAAUCGAAGGAUAAGGUUAAAAAAUUACGUAUUGAUGAUAAUAAUAAUGAUAAAAAAGAUGAGUCUAUAGGAACACAAAUAAAAAUUAUACCUGAAAAAUUAAACAAAAAGCAAAAUAAAGAGAUAAAAUUAAAUAAACAAUCAAAAAAUUAUAAGGAUAAAUUACUUUCUGCUAAAUAUAGAAUAGCAAAACCCAAUGAGAAUUUAGAUGAAAUAUUGGAUGAUGAAAGAGAAACGCAAAUACAGAAAACUUUAACUGAAUCUGAAAUAGCGACAACUGAGUUACCUUUAUUAAAACAGAAUAAGGAAGAGAAUAUAAUAGAAGAGAAAGAGAAAACAAAUUUUAAAGUGGAAGAUGAACGUACGUUAAAUGAAAAUCAGCCUUAUAAAACGACAUAUAACACAGAUAACGAAACAAUUGAAAAUCGAAAAGAGUAUAAUAUUGUUUCAAACCAGUUAAAUUCAACAGUGAGAGAUUUGAAUUUGAAGAAAAAAAAUGAGAUAUUAAAAGAACACGAAAUUCAAGAUAAAUUCAAUUUAAAUACUGCUCGUAAUAUAUUAGGCAAACCUUAUUAUAUAUCUACUGUUGAUAAAAAUGAUUUCACAAAUCCAGGACUGAGUAAUUCAAAUAAAAAGAUCUAUGAAUCAAAAAUAGAAGAUCAAUUGAUCAACGAUCAAAUGAAUUUAAAGAAAAAUGCCGAUUCAGAUUCAUCAGUUAAAUCUACUUAUAUAUCUGAUGCAAUUAAAAAUGGAUUAGUUCUAGAUAACUCUAAAAAUACCAUACAUGAAUCAAAUAUAAAGAAUGCAUUAAAUUUUAACGUAAAAGAUCAUGCUCACAAUGUUUUAAUUAAAUCUACAGAUAUACCCAACGUCACUAAAAAUAAAUUACAUAAUGAAUACAAGAAUUCAAUUUUAAGUGAUUUAAGGAAAAUUAUACACGAACCAAAAACAGAGAAUGAAUCAAAAUUUGACAUAAAAGACAAUAAUAUAUUUAAAUUGGAUAGUACAUCUACCACAAUUAAUAAUAAUUUAAAUAUUAAAGAUGAAAAUUCAGUCUUAAAUCAUCCAAAACAAGUGAAUUACGAAUCAAAGAUAAAGGAUCAAUCAAAAUUUGAUUUGAAAAAAGACAUUAAAUCUGAUACAUCAGUUAAAUCUGCUACAAUUAAUGAUUUAAAUACUUACAACGAUUUAAAGGACUCAAAGAUACUUAUUUUCAAAUCGAAAAUACCGAAGCUUGAGUCAAAGCUUGAUUUGAAAAAAGAUAUUGACUCUGAUACAUCAAUUAAAUCUAUUCCGAUUAACAAUAAUUUAGAUAAUUCCAAUAAACCGACUACUUUCGAUUCUAUUAAACUCUAUAAAUCUAAUUCCAUUAAUAAUUUAAAUAAGUACGAAGGAAAAAAUGAUUUAGAAAACUUAAAACCAAUAAAGAAUACUGACAAUGAUAAAAAUUACGAAUCGUUCCAAACAAUACAAAAACAAGGAAUACCUAAUAUUCUUAAACCUCUCGAUCAACGUUGGGCCAACAUACUCAAUCAACCACCAUCAAUAAAUAAGAUUGCGAUAAAUAAUCCCUCGAAAAUUCCUUCCAUUCCAAGCCUAGAAAACGCACAUUUCUCUUUGGACGAGAAAGAAAAAAAUCUUAAGUCGAGCGACCCUUUAUCCCAUAUUUCUCAAACGAUGUCAUCCAACGAAAUAAGCGUAGAAAUUCCAAACGUUAAAUUCGUAAAGAAACUGCAGCCUAGUUUCUGGAAGUUAGCAAAACCGCAGACGGAAAUCGUGAAUAAGAGCGAGCAGCCCAUCCCUGUAUCUUUGAGCGAGUUUAAAUCGCAUCCCGAUGAAAAAGAUUCUGACAGAUCAAUGAAAUUCUCAUCUUAUACAUCGCCGAGCAAAGUUUCAGGGGUCGAAACUAAGAAUGACGAUUUAUACACCGUUCUCAAAUCUCUUUCCCUGUUUACACAUUUUCGAGAUGAUUCAAAGGAUAAAAAAGUUCCAACCACGUACGACGACCGCGUAUCGACCAGCAAAGAUGCGCCAAAAGUUGGCAGCGUUGAAAGGACGAACGAUAAAUCUUCGAGUAUAUCUCAAGAAUCAAAUCGAGAAAAGCUGGAUGUUUACAUAGUGAAGCAACCUUCUGAAGGGCCAAUAAAAAUCGCGCAUAUAGAGAACACGAAACCUCUUGUUGUGACCAACGAAGAGAUUUCAAGAAGUUCGUACGAAAAGGUGGUCGAUAUAUUGGAAAGAAAUGGAAUUAAAACUGAUAUAUCAGCAGCGUAAUAAUAAUAAAUGUUUUUGAUUAAUAAUAUAAUUAUUAUUUCAAGUGCUUACCAUUUGUUGCAGUGAUUAUUCAGAAAAUAUACGAAUGUUAUGAUUAACGGAAUCGAAAAUGUAAAAAAUCAGUUUCACUUUAGCUUCGUUCACGUUAAUUAAGAUUAAUGGAGAAUAAUGGAUUAAAUCGUGUAUAUUUUAUGAAUCAUUAAACACUAUAUUAUACGUAUUGCAUUAUAAUAUCGAACGAAUAAAAUGUCAAUUGUGUAAUUAUAAAUAUUCAUAAUUACACAAAAAAAAAAAAUUAAAUUGUGUAAAUGUUAUUAAUAAAAAUUAUAAUCUGCAAGUUAAUGAAAAUACA